AUUUAAUAUUGGGAAUAAAACAGUGCUAUAAACAAUAGUUACAUUUCAGGGGUAAACUUUGCUGAGAAUAUAUAUUGAUGUUUCUGAGGCAACCGCCGCUGAGAGGUUCUUCUUUAUCACAGCUUACAUUAAAAGCUGCUUAUUUUUUCAAAAGAAAAGAAACGGCACGUUAACUCUUAGUCGGACGAUCAUAGAAAUCUACAUGGUUCUCCUCAUAAUAGCUUUUCUUGCCUCUUUCUCGGCAACAUUUUUACAAGCAUUCCUAGCAGUUGAUGCCAAACAAGAAGUAGAAUAUCGAGUCAUAUCUCCAUUCACUGGCCAGGACCACCACACGCUCGCCGUAGUUGUCGAUGAUAAAAGCUAUCCAUUGAUCCGAUCAUCAGUAUCCCAACUUGUUCAUGUGGGCACUGCGCCAGCCUCUUCUCGUGACGACGGCUAUUAUUACGCCAAAAUCAAAGACAAUGUGAUUGUUGAGGAAGAAUAUAUGAGGCGAUUCACUGGCAUAGUCGAUACCACUACACCUUAUCAAUUUUAUAAUCGCUCACGAGAUUAUUGGGAUAUCACACCGUUGCCACAAGUCCUGGAUCCCCUCUCGGCUAUCCAUCGAAUCGAAAGCGAGCUGCACGUGUCUGGCGAAAUUGCUACAAUUCAUGUGAUGGGAAACCAAACAGAGAUCGACUAUAUGCACACCAACGUCCUAGAGGACUACCAAUUGAAAACAGAUAUGGUAUAUAUUAGGGGCAACGACAUUCAGACAUUCAAAGACGUUGAAUUUGAACUAGGAGGUAGAAGUUCACGGCGCAAUCCAAAAGUGAGCUACAAUUUCAAGAUUGCAAAGGGCGGCAAUACACUUCACGGAUAUCGUCGUUUCAAGCUACGCUCAUUAUACAAUGAUCCCUCAAACAUUCGAGAAGCACUGGCUUAUGGCGCCAUCGAGUCUGCUGGAUUGGCAUCUAGUCAUUUCUCUUAUGCUAGAGUAUUCAUUAAUAAUCAGACAGCUGGAUUCUUUGGAUUAAUCGAAAAUUUCAAGAACCCAUGGUACCGUAACGAAUUUGGCAAUGGAAGCAAGAAAGAAUACAGUCAAGGAACCGCUUACCAAGGAAACGGAGGAAGCGGUUACUUUGGUUCGGUUCCCAAAAAGCAUAUGUCUGAUCUCAGCUAUUAUCCCGAUAAUAUCACAGCUUAUUCGGACGGGCAAUACAAGAUCAAGGAGGAUCCAUCUGAAGGAAAGACCAACUAUCAACAUUUAAUGGAGCUUACGAAGUUUAUAUCAGAAGCACCUACUGAAACAGAUGAUGCAGUCCGGCAAUGGGAAGAGCAUUUGGACAUGGAUAGCGUAUUACGAAGUAUGGCGCUGGAAGUACUUCUUGGCUAUUCGGAUGGGUACAGCACAUCGGCAGAAAACUACUUUGUAUAUCAAGAAGCUGCAGACUCCAAGCGAUUUAUUUACAUGCCAUGGGAUCUUGAUCUCACUUUCGGGGAUACUAGGGUCAAACUAUCUGACUUGCUAACUGGAGACUACCGUGAUUUCCCUGGCAUGGUUGUACGUCCACUGACGAGCCAAUUUUUGCGUGUGGACGAAUUCAGGGAACGUUUCGAUACUUUGCUGAAAGUCCUUACCGAAAAGCUUGUCAAUCUUCAUGUUAUGGGACCUUUCAUCGAUGAUACCGUUGCCAUGGUGCGUGAGGACGUCGAAUGGGAUAAUUCACUCGCACGCUUGAGCCGUUUCAAUUCCAGCUCAAAUCACAAACCGUCGCCGAACGACAUUGUGCCCUGGCCGUUAGACAGGGAAACAAUGUACGACAGAUUGUUUGUCAGAGAUAAGCUCAAUAUUACAUUCGACAAAGCAGUAACUGGACCUACCGGAUCGAUCUCACUGUGUGGAGUCAAGGAGAUCCUCUCUGUAUUUACAUGA